AAGCUUUUCCCGUUAGAUUUGAGGAGGCCAAGUGUAGGAAGUGAGAUUUUCUCUGGUGUCUGCACACAAACCGGAAGGGAUCCCGAGCUCCAAGCACAAGAGCAGCCGCAUCUCUAGACAGAGGCCCGUAUUUAGUGUGGGUUAGUUUCAAUAUGAAUCAAGAAAAACUUGCAAAGCUUCAGGCACAAGUGCGGAUAGGAGGCAAGGGUACAGCCCGCAGAAAGAAGAAGGUUGUACACAGAACUGCUACCGCUGAUGACAAAAAACUUCAGAGCUCUCUCAAAAAACUGGCAGUAAAUAAUAUUGCUGGCAUCGAGGAGGUGAAUAUGAUUAAAGAUGACGGCACGGUUAUCCACUUCAACAAUCCCAAGGUCCAGGCAUCUCUCUCUGCCAACACGUUUGCGAUCACCGGUCACGCAGAAGUUAAACAGAUCACAGAAAUGCUCCCAGGGAUCUUAAGCCAACUGGGGGCUGACAGUCUCACAAGUCUCCGCAAGUUAGCUGAACAGUUCCCAAGGCAGGUGUUGGAUAGUAAAACUUCCAAACCAGAGGACAUAGAGGAGGAGGAAGACGAUGUUCCUGAACUUGUAGAGAACUUUGAUGAAGCCUCUAAGGAUGAAGCAAAUUGAAAAUAUUGGAGAUACUUGGAAGAUGACAUGGACUUGAUUUUAGCAAAAUGAGAAAAAUCAGCUGUGCGGUUCCAAAGUUUUACAAGCAAACAUCAUGUGUUAAUAGUUCCAUAAUAUAAAUAUUUUGUAUUUUAAUGAUGCUCUUGCAGCAUUUUUUUUCUUUGCUGUUUAUUUUGCGUUUUGCACUUCCCUGGGACUGGCCUUUUUGGAAAUGGUAAAAAAAAAAUAAAAAAUUAUUACUGGUAACAUUUUUGUGUCUGCUCUGAAGAGCCGCCUUCAGAGCAGAAGUUUCGGAUAACACUUUAUUUCUUGCCCCGUAUGUAGAAAUAAAACACUUCUUUACA